GCCUCUCGAGGAGGAUGGUAAGACCGAGAUGAGUCCCGAGCCGGAGCCACCGCCCGCCCCGGCCCGGGAGGGAAAGGAGGUAGCGGCGGCGGUUCCACCGCUGCCGCCGCCGAGGGAGGGUGGUGGCGCCGGGCGGAGUGGCUGGAUCAUGCUGGUGAAGAGGGUCGCCCUGAAGGCGGUCGGCCGCAGAGCGCAGCAAGGUGUUGAUCGGCCAAGUGUGUACCAUGCAGUGGUGGUCAUAUUUCUAGAGUUCUUUGCCUGGGGGCUCUUGACAAUGCCAGUGCUAACAGUCUUACAUGAAACAUUUUCCCAUCAUACGUUUUUAAUGAAUGGUCUUAUUUGUGGUCUUAAGGGGUUUUUGUCCUUUCUCAGUGCUCCACUAAUAGGUGCUCUAUCAGAUGCAUGGGGAAGAAAAUACUUUCUUCUUCUUACAGUUUUCUUCACCUGUGCCCCAUUUCCAGUAAUGAGAAUAAGUCCAUGGUGGUUCUUCGCUAUGAUUUCAGUAUCUGGAAUCUUUUCUGUUACGUAUUCUGUAAUACUUGCCUAUGUAGCUGAUGUAACACAGGAACAUGAAAGAAUUACAGCCUAUGGACUGGUACAUGCCACCUUUGCUGCGAGCAUGAUAAUUAGUCCAGCCUUUGGAGCAUACCUGUCCGCCAGCUAUGGAGAUAACGUUGUCAUACUAGUGGCCACAUUGGUUGCUGUUGUGGACAUAUUCUUUAUCCUCCUAGCUGUACCAGAAUCUCUGCCAGAAAAAAUGAGACUGGCUUCAUGGGGAGCUUCUAUGUCAUGGGAACAAGCAGACCUUUUUGCUUCUCUGAAUAAGGUUAGAAAAGAUUCUACGGUUCUCCUAAUCUGCCUUACAGUACUUCUCUCCUAUAUGCCUGAAGCUGGCCAGUAUUCUAGCUUUUUUCUGUACUUGCAACAGAUUAUAGGUUUUGGAUCUGCUAGCAUUGCAGCAUUUAUAGCUAUGCUAGGUGUUCUAUCUGUAAUAGCCCAGACUGUGUUUCUCAGGAUCUUGGUGAGGUCUAUAGGGAACAAAAAUACAGUUCUCCUUGGCCUUGGCUUUCAGGUCCUUCAGUUGGCUUGGUAUGGUUUUGGAUCUCAGUCUUGGAUGAUGUGGGCAGCUGGAGCUAUAGCAGCAAUGUCAAGUGUUACAUUCCCAGCAAUCAGCACUCUGGUUUCCCGAAAUGCAGGGUCAGAUCAACAAGGUAUUGUCCAAGGAAUAAUAACUGGAGUAAGAGGUCUGUGCAGUGGCCUGGGACCAGUACUGUAUGGCUUUAUUUUCUUUCUCUUUCAUAUGGAGCUUGAUGAAUUGCCACCUGAUCAGACUUCAGGAAAAAAGGCAAUGCUAGAUCCCAGUGAUGAUAGAACAAUCAUUCCUGGUCCGCCCUUCCUGGUUGGAGCAUGCAUUGUUCUUCUGGCUUUACUGUCCACUUUCUUUAUUCCUGAGCACAGCAACAGCAUCAGCAGUACUCCGAGUAACAACCUAGAGAGAAGGAGUGAAGAGGACCUUGAACCACUGCUGCAAGAUAGCAGUGUAUGAAGUCUUACUUCUGAGGACACUAUGGAACAAGUUUGUGCACUGGCUCUGGAAGUUCAUUCAUGGCUCUGGAAGCUUGGCAGGAUGUACAGAGUGUCUGACCUCUGAAAGGAAGGGAGCUGUACCUGCAAGAAGGUCACUUGACUAGCAGAUCACAACUAGGUGUGAUUUGACCCAAUAUUAGACUUCAAAUGCAAUAUCAAAUCCUCCUAUUGGGUAGAAUCACACAUAUACAGAUAGAAUGGAUUGUUUUUUGAAGUUUGAAUGCUAAAUUCCCAAAGUGGUAUGCAAAAUAAUCAGGUUUGAGGCAGAACAGUUUCUGUCACCACUGUUAAAGGUUGUUCUGUGUUUCUUAUGCCUUCUAUCUGCAUGUAUGCCACAUGUAGUCCUCAACGAUAUGAGAAGUACUGAUCUAUAAAGUUCUUGCACCUGAAAUGGUGGUUAUCCGCAAAAGUAAUUAAAUUUCCUGAAGACAUCUUUUCAAAUGUUACUUAGUAAUGAGAAGUCCAGUGGUUACCAAAAAAACAAAUGAUGAAACUGAGAUGACUUCUAAGGAUAUAUGAUCACACGUGGCGGUCAUAUUGAAGUCUUAAACCCACAUUACAAAACAGUCAGCCCUGAGCAGGCAGAGUAAAUCCAGAUGGCAUCUAAGACAUGUUAAUGUUUUGCUGAUAAAAAAAUAGGAAUUUUAUUAUAAAAUGAACAGUGUCAGAAAUAUGGACACACUUGACUUGCAGGGCAGGGAAAUCACGGGAUGCCAGAAUAGCUAACAUCAAGAAAUUUGUAUAUUUAUUGCAUUUUAUCACUUUAUCUGCAAUGAAAUAAUCUUUCCUAUUAAUUCUUCUCACUCCUGUCUUAACUGCUACUUAGUCUUCAGUUAUUAAUCAUAUUUAGCCAUCAUAUCACUGUCUUACCUACUGAAUCCAUGGAUAUAUUCAUAUCAAAUUUCCUUUCUCAAAGAUGGUUUAAAGGAGUUACGGCUGCAAAUGUGCUAAUUUUUAGAGACAUUUUAUGAAAAAUACAUGGAUUUAUAUGUAUUUUGCUGCAGUGUAAAUGGACCAUUAAACCCAACUUUAAUGAAGUACUCUUAUGAAUGUUUUAUAUGUAUGCAAUAUAUGUAGAUAUUUGUAAGGAGUUAAAUUUUUACAGAUGGGAUGCUGUGUAAAUCAUAUAUUUAUAAACGUAAUGAAGGUACUGACAGAUAUCGAGUUUUUUAAAAGAAUUGUGUAUUGACUGAACAAAUUGUAAAAAUAUGUAUUUUGAAACUUGUUCCGCUUGAGCAGAGAUAACAAACCUUUUGUACUACACGGUUUGGUUUUUAAGGUUAAUAAGCUUCUUAAUGCAUAAUAAAUCUACAUCUUAAGCUUU